AGAGACUGACUGCUGAGAUAUCAUUUUCCCAGUAACAUUUUGAGAAGCAUCAGGGGUCUCACAUAGACCAACAAACCCUUCUUUCCAGGCCCCAGAAAAAGAAUCCUCUUUUCCUAUCUUUCCUGAGUUAACUCCAGAACAGAUGAUGAGACUUCUGCUACUGUGGGGUUGGAUCAUCAUCCCAGGUUAUGGAGCCAUGGUGGGUCCAAAGGAAGUCAGUGGGCCAGAGGGAAGCUCUCUGUCUGUGCAGUGCUUCUAUGAGGAUAAGCAUGAAGAAAAUAGUAAAUACUGGUGCAAAGUGACUGGAUUAUUCUUUCAACGUUGUAUCACUAUCAUCACCACAGAGUCAGGAAAAGAAGAAACAGAUGGCAAGAUGUCCAUCAUGGACAAUCCCCAAAGUCGAACAUUCACUGUGAUCAUGAGGAACCUCACCCUAAAAGAUGCUGGGCAAUAUCAAUGUGGGAUUUCCAGAUUUGGAGUUGACGAGGUUUUUGAGGUCACUGUGGUAGUUUUUUCAGGGCUCGGGAGUUCUGUCUCCCCAAACCCUUCCCUUCAGUCUCUCUCUACAAGAAGUGUCCAUCGGGGGGCAAAAGUCUGGGGAACUCGGUCUCCAGAGUUAACAUCUUCUAGUUACCACCCAAAAGUGAAUGUUCCUACCCAGGAAAAGAUAAAGCCAACAACAUUCAUUAAUGUGGGAACUAGGGCAGCAAAACCUCAAUGGAGACAAGAUACCUUCCAGACAAGAACCCAACAAGAUAUGGCCCAGGCAGUCACACCCCACCAUCACCCCAAUGAUAUAAAGUCAAAAUCCAGGCCAUCCAUCCCAUUGAUACGAAUUUUGGCUCCAUGCAUCAUUCUCCUCUUGCUACUGGUGGUGGUUAUAGCAACUCUCCUGGUCCUGUCAGCAAGAAGAAAGAAAGCUUGUACUGGAAACAGGAAAGAAUGGGCAGUUUCACUACUCAAACUCGGGAAACAAAUCACUAGACUGAUGCUUGAUCUAAGAACAUUCUCACAUGGAAGAGUUCCCAGGUGUGGCCCACAUAUGAGCCCCAAAAAUCAGAAACCUGGUUUUCUUUCCAUGGUUUCACUGAUUCCUCUCUUCAGGAUCAGGUCAGCUUCUGCCAUCUUGGACAUCAUGAGUGUAUCAGGGAAUGGGGCUGGCUUUGGAGUCUAUAGAGAUCUGGAUUGAGUCCCACUUCCACCUCUUACUAUCUGUAUGACCAUGGGCAGUCAAUUAAUUUCUCUGAGAUCCGGUUUCUUCAUCUGUAAAGUCGGCACAAUGAUACCUAGAUGACCUACCUCACAGGGUUGUUGUGAGGCUUAAAUGAGAUUGUGUAUAUAAAAUGCUUUAUAAGUCUUAAA